AUGGCUACUCCGAAUAGUAUCAAAGCCGCGAGAGAGGCGGUUGAGAGCAUUGCCACACAACAUGGCCAUGUGGCCGAAGACAGAUUGCGACAAAUUCACCCUGACUUGCGCCGUGAGAUUGAGCAAGCAUUAUUUUCGAAGGAUCUGAUGAUCGGAUCCAGCGUCAUCACACUCGCAAAGAAUCUGUACUCCAGCAAGGCCCGCUUCGUUUUCGAGCUCCUCCAGAAUGCCGAUGACAACACAUACGCCAAGGCCUCAAGCUUGGGCUCCAAGCCAUUCGUGUCUUUCCGGGUCUUUCCCCGCAAGAUCGUGGUCGAAUGCAACGAGGAUGGGUUCACUCAAGAGAAUCUCGAAGCCAUCUGCGCCGUUGGGCAGAGCUCCAAAACUGGUGCCCAGGGCUACAUCGGAGAGAAGGGCAUUGGCUUCAAAUCUGUCUUCAUGGUUGCCCAUAAAGUGCACAUCCAGUCGGGUUCAUUCUCGUUCUCUUUCGGACACAAACCUGGUGACUCGGGGAUGGGCAUGAUUUCACCUAUAUGGGAGGAGACGAGUGAGGAACUUGAAUCGCCAUUGACGAAAAUCACCCUCCAUCUCCACGAUGCUGGAGACCAAUAUGAAUUGGCCAAGACACGCGCGUCGAUUAGGUCUCAAUUCGAAACGCUCCAAGCAAAAAUGCUGCCGUUUCUGAGGAACAUCCGACAAAUCCAGGUUGCAUUCUACGAUGACCACGAGGAACAAACGUCCUCGGUAACUUAUGACCUUACUCGGCUCGAGCCCAGCCAUGUGCUUCUGAAGAAGAUCAAAACCGAAAAGGAGGCUUCCGAAGAAUCCGUUCAGCACUUUCGAACCUUUCACCAUACAGUCGAGGGAUUGGCAAAGAACGAAAACAGAACCUACUCAAAGUCUGAGGAGGCUUCCCAAGCGUACUCGAAGUCCGAAGUCAUCCUUGCUUUUCCGAUCUCCGAGACAUCCGCACCCAUCAUCGAGCCUCAAGAAGUCUUUGCUUUCCUCCCAGUGAGGCCAGUCGGAUUCAACUUCCUCAUUCAAGCCGACUUUGUCACCGAGGCUAGUCGGCAAGACAUUGUCAAAGACUCCCGUCGCAAUAUUGGUCUCCUCAAAGGCGUUGCUGAGGCGUUCGCUAUCGCAGUCACUGAGCUUUCCGAACACGAGGCUCUACGAUACACGUGGCCCUCCUACUUGCCGGACAAGAAGACUGGGUCUUGGGACGCAUUCUGGCUUUCUUUGGUCGACGAGAUCGGAUCAAAGCUGCGGAAUGCGCCCGCUUUCUAUGACCAUAAAGGUUCUGGCCGGAGAUUGUUGAGCGAUCUUCUUUAUGCCGUUCCUGGGAUGUUCGACGAGUACGAUGAGCUACUUUUAGAUGACGGCGAUCCAGCAGAGGUCAUUUCGCAAAACUAUGACGCCACGUGGCUCGAAACCUUGAAAAACUACGGGCUACAGAACGCUACGUUCGAGACAUUCUUUGAAUGGCUAGAAGCAGAUCUGAAGAAUUCAGAAACGUCGCGGAUGAAGUCCCGAGAGACGACGAAUGCCUGGCACGACCACACAGCGGCAAUUCUUCAUUUUGCUGUCUCCAAAGCCCGCUCUCGUAAGCUAUUCACCGCGCGGAUCAAGAACAUGGACCUCAUACCUCUUGAGAGCGGUUAUUGGAGGCCCGCUUCAUUGGGGCCAAUCUACCUUCCGUGUGUCAGUGGGCUGGAUAUUCCUGUCGAUGUCGGGUUAAAUAUUCUUUGCAGGGAAGUGAAAAGUGAGAUGAGAACCCUCCUUUUCGAAUCUCUGGGUGUAACAUCUGCCUCGUUGGAAACUGUAAAACAGGCUAUUGCGCAACAGUAUGCUAAUGCCGAAGCUCGUGAGAGAGUUACUCUCCAAGCGUCAAACAACCACCUCAGAUUUCUGUACCUGGCCGAGAAUUUGGACUCAAAGACUGGAAAGCCACUGCAGUGCUUUUAUGUGUUCGACCAGCACUUGAGACUUCGACAGCCCUUGAUUGAAAUAGUCUACCUUCCGAACAACGAUACAAACGGCCCGCAAGAAGUGUUUCGGAAGACUGAUCCGGGCCCGAAUGCGGGAGAUUAUGCACCUGGUCACGAUGCCGUCUUCGCCCACGAUCUGUACUUCUGCGAGGAGCCGCUCAAACCGGGAAACCAGAAAGUCUCUUGGCGUACUUGGUUUACCAAACAUGCGUCCCUCAGAACACACAUUGACUUCAACGCACCAAGAACAUCUUCUCUUCCGAUUUUGAAGAAUGACGCAGAGUAUAUACGGAUUUUCAGACCAGACAAGUUCAUGGAAUGCUUACUUCAAUGGUAUCAAGCACAAGCUAAGGGCACCAUUUCAGCCGAGACCAUUAAACGUCUCCGUGAAGUUGAGGUACUUUGCCGACACAAAAUACCCUACGCCACGGCCCCUCUGGCUGUAGUUUACUUUCCUGUACAAAGGCUGCAGAAAAAGGUGUCCCGUUUCCUUAACGAUGUGGACUUCUUCCCAUGGCUUUGGCUCAAUGGCAACGAAACUCAUGAUGAGAUACCGCAGCGGUGGAAAGGUUUGCUUUCGGAUCUCAAUUUCGGCUGCCCUGGAAACGACCUCGACUUUGCUCUCGAUAUUCUCCAUUUCUUUAUACAAGAAUCCUUGGAAUCGUCAUACCACUGGACUCGUGAAAGCCUUGCUAAGCUAUUCAAGUUGUAUCAACAUAUCCAAAUACAAUGCGCAGAAAGCGAUAACCGGGGCACGGCAGUGCAGACCGUACGGAACUUGUUCAACAAGAACGAAUUCAUUCACAUACCACUAGCUAAGGGAGAUUGCGAAUGGGUUCUGCCAGGGGUCUGUGUAUGGGACGCGCCGCAAAGCAUGGCCACCAAGCACGUACUGAAUCGCCUCUAUCAACCCUUCCUAGGCGCGCCGAGCACGAUGAAGUCCAUAUACUCAAGUUUGUUCCAAGAGACAGUUGGUAUCGGCAAUUGCACGAUCGAGAUUUGGGUUGAGGAGUUGAAGCAACUUAAGGCUUCGGAGUGUGGCGACAUUGACAGAAUCGGCAAGAUUUACCAUGCUUUGCACCAGUUGAUACUAGGCAAGACGGAACCCAAACAAGUGGAUCUGAGAGAAAUUUUCGAGAACGAUGCUCUGAUUCUUGUCCCAUCAGACGAUGCUUCUUUAUGGUACAAGACGUCGCAAUGCGUUUGGUCCAACGCGGCGAGGUUGAGAGGAAGGGUAUCCCUGACAGAUAACUACCAAAAACUGGAAGAGUUCUUUGUGGGCCAUCUCGGCGUCAAACCUUUGGACUUCUCCAUGGCUAUCGCUGAGUUGGAAGAUGCUGCAGCUAAGGGCGCAGCGGUGAAAGAGUUAAAGGAGUCAAUAUGGAUUGUCAACUCAUUGCUUCCGUCGAAUUGCUUGGCGUCAAAGCCUGACAUCCCACACAACAUCUUCAGCGCUCGAAUCUUUCCCGUAAGUUAUCCAGAUGGGCGUGUUACAGCCGAAAACUUCCUUAACGAUUUCUUCAUCAUCGAUCGGGAGUCACUUGGCACAAUGUUCAAGAACAAGGUUAGGCUUCUUGACUUUACACUGGAGCAGGUUGCUCGCCUUCGGCCCUUUAUCGAAUGGCUAGAUCUGAGACGCCGAUAUCUUUCGGCUCAGGUCACGGAGACUACCUUUUGCAGCGGCGGAGCGACAUCCCCAACAUCGAACCCACAAAGGCAGAUUCGCAAUCGAGCACAUGCUCUGCUCAGAGUUGCGGCACACUUUGACAGCCCACGUUGUAGAACCGAGAAAGAGAGGGAUUCUUUCUACAGCAUGCUGAGGUCUGCAGAGAUUUAUGAGACCGACGGUAUCUCUUCAAAUCUCAGUAUUUUCCACGAUGGUGCCGUUCACACUGUUAAAGGCAAGCAGAUGACCCUACAUAUUGAUGAAAGGGAGGGAAGCUUGAAGGUCUACCUACCGCGCGCGAAGGACGUCCAGGAAUACAUCUUCACCAACGUACUCCCGAAGAACUUCGCAGAAUGGAUGAUGAACUACCAUGGAGAGUUCACGCCUGAGAGUUUGACCGCAACCAAGAACAUCAUGCUGGCACCGCAUUCCUUACUCAGCAGAGCUCUUACAGACAGUGGCAUAGCCACCGUCGAUGUUGCCAAUUGCGACGAGGCCGUGAUACCAGAAACUCCACACGCAGCUCGCAAAGGUGGCGAGACUCGCGAGAGUGCCAGUUCUUCAAACUGGUCGAACUUGACCAAGUCAGAGGGUUCGGAGACUGGGAAAGUGUUCUCUCCACAACAAAGGUCGUCAUUUGGUGGCUCUCAGGAUCAUUCUGUGGACGAAGAUCGCUAUCUUGCGCUUUUGAAGAACAUUGUCGCCGCAGGACGAAGAAGUACGAAUACUCUACCGGUCUGUGGAACAUUCGGCAUGAGCCAGCUGCAAGACAGUAUCUCUGGCACCGGCCACUACGUGGAUUUUGGCGUGCGCAAUCUACCUACACUUGAAAGAGAUUUCAGGAUAGGUGCGGCAGGCGAAUUGUUCGUAAGUAUCUAUACCGUUGUCAACCUCUCAACCUUCAAGGAUAUAUGGCUAAGGGCACCGAAACACCAGGUCUUUGAACUGCUUUCCCACUUGCAUGAUGAUGGAGAUCCCGUACUAUUACCAGAGUUCUCUAGAGAUGUGUGGCAAAGUAGCAUUCGCUAUCUCGUCAAAGGGCAUCCAGAUUAUACCGAAAUGCCGCAAUGGGAUGGUUACGAGACUUCAGACAUUGUAUACCAAGACACCAGCAACCUACUGACGGCUCUCUUCAUCGAGAAGGGUUAUCUUCGGGAGCAACCGAGGGCUUCGGUUUCCAGUGGCCUCAAGUACUUCAUCGAAGUCAAGGCAACUACUGGACCUUGUGAAACGCCAUUUUUCAUGAGUCCAGCUCAGUAUCAAAGAGUAGGUCUACUUCUUAUCCCUUUCUUUAUCCAGACAGAUCCCACGGUGUGUGAUAGAGCUAAGAAAGUGCAGAUGGAGAGUCAAUUCUUGACAGAAAACAGCCACGCAGCCUAUGUUAUCUUCCGAGUUUACAACCUUGGUCGGCAGAACAUGGGUUACAAGGUAUACUUAGAUCCUGAGGAACUAAAACGCCGUGGGCAAUUGAGCUUCACUGCCGAAAAGUGGUCAGUGAUUCCAAUUCAAGGCUGCGUUGGGCCUUGA